GUAGUUCACUUUCAGCGCUUACUGCACGAUCGUAUAGGUCAAUCCAAGAAGUAUUAGUUUCUUUUGUAAACAAAAAAUAUUUUUGUUUUUUCAUCAUAUUUAGUUUUGUUAAUGUAAAACUUCCUCACUAUUUUAAUAGUACUAAGUACAUGCUUUUUUCUUAAACAAACUUCUUAAGCUUUAACAAUUUUUUAAAUAUUUUAAAAAUGGGUCCGUCUCCCGCAAGAGGUCCGGAAGUUGAUGAGAAUUUAUCAAAAUCUGUGGAGUCCUUUCAAGGGGCCAUAAGAGGAAGGGGUAUAGCAAAUUUUACAGUUCCUUCUAAAAAUUGUCUUUGUGAAAGACGGUACAAGAACAUCAUUUGCUUAAACUGUGGUCAUUUGAUGUUUGGCAGAGUUCGCUAUCAGUGUCCAAAACACAAAAUGAUAACUUUCCUCAUUGACAUAACAAAUUGUCCAAAAUGCAAAUGUUUUGAAUUCAUGCUCAAUGAGUUCGAAGUUGGAAACGAAGAAAAGUAAAGUUGCAAUUCUAAAUUUUUUAUUAAUACUUUACAAAAUUAUACUUAAAUAAUGCUGGUACUUGUAGUAAGAUAUGUGCUUACUAAUAAUAAAAAAAGUGUCAUAUUAUUUACAUAAUAUGCUAAGCUUUAUUGCUAUAAGUUUUUUGUAAUGAAAAUAUCUCUUGUAAUAUGUAUAAAAUACAUGACCGAAUUUUGUUUAUUUAACUCAUGUAAGAGAUACUGCAUUAAAAUAUUUCACAAAAUAAAGUAACUUUGACUCGUUAUUGAAA